UCGACGGCGACGACUACGGGUGCGACGAUGAUGCGCGCUCCGAUGCAGCGGCUGAAGGACAAGAUGAGCAUCUGCGAGCGCACGCUCAUGAGCCACCACACGCCCGCGGCCACCGUCGUCAAGGCCCUCGCCAACGUCAGCGAUACGGUCAUGGAGCUGCACGGCCUCGGCCAGCUCGACGUCGCCAAGUGCAUCCACGAGUUCAACCUCAUCGCGGACACGGUCUUUCUCCAGCUCGACAAUACCAAUCCGCAGGUGCUCGCGUCUGUCUGCGAACUCCUCCGGGCCUUGUCCGUGUGUUGCGGCGAGUCGCUGCGACCGACCGCCGACGCGGUCAUCAUUGACAUCCUCGGUCUCUGUGGCCACAGCGCGCGCAACGUUGCGUUCCACGCCAAGGAGUGCCUGGCGCAAUGGACGCAGCAGACGUCGUAUGCGCUGCUGCCCAUCGUGACGAUCCCCGACGCGCGCUUCAAGUCGCCCCAAGACUAUGUACGGUACGCGUAUCACUUUGCGCUGCAAGUGCCCACGAUCUGCGACCAGUGGCAGCCGGCUGAGAUCGCCCCGUACCACGAAGAGAUCUUCCAGCUCCUCUCCGCGUGCAUCCUGGACGACAACACGACGAUCCGCGUCGGCGGCUUCAAAGCGCUCAGCGGGCUCUUUGAGUUCCAGCGCCACGAGAUGAAGAUGAGCGCGACGCUGCUCGCCGAGAGCUACUUGGGUGCGAUCCCAAAGCACAUCAUCCACGAAAUCGUGCGCGAGCUGCCGCAGUCGCUGCUUGCGCAGACGGUGUCGGCGUACCACGCUCGGCAGUCGCAUGCGGCGCCAGCACCCAAGUACCGCCCGCAGGAACUCAUGUACCAAACGCCGCGCCGGCAGCAAGCGCCCAAGAGCUUCCAGAGCCGCAUGAUGCUCGCAAAGGAGUCGCCCGCCAUCGCGCCCUCGACGUACUUUGCCCACCGCCGGCCGCUGCAAGAGGCCACGGGGCUCCGCUCGCGCCGGCCCCGCCCACCGCUCUUCGCCUCGACAGACAAUACGGCAACAGUCGCCAUCACGCGCUGGGAUCGGUUCGGCAAGCUUUGUCGCAUGGGCGGCCGCGGCUGUCGCUGGCUCGUCGACCAAGUGCUGCCACGCCGCGUCCAGCGCUGGCUCAUCUUUUGGAUCACGGUCGUCUCGGUGGUCUUUACGCUCGUCUCGGUCGUCUACUGGGUCAUGCUAGCGCCCGCCUACGUGUAGUCUUUUGCCAGAUAGUACAGACGCCAUCUUGGCGAAUUAUUUAGUCGAUUG